AUGGAAGAAGGUUGGGGAAUUGCGUCCAACGUUGAUUACGAGAAUUCAUGGCCGAUCGAAAAAACUACCCUUCCUCCUAGGGAACAGCCAAUUAGAAAGCAACCACCUUGGGAACAGCCGCCUAAAGAACAACCGAUUAGAGAGCAACCACCUUGGGAACAGCCGCCUAAAGAACAGCCGAUUAGAGAGCAACCACCUUGGGAACAGCCGAUUAGAGAGCAAUCACUUUGGGAAAAACCGCCUAAAGAACAGCCGAUUGAUGAUGAUGAGUCGAAUGUUGGGUUACAAGAAGUAAUACAUAAUUCUUUUGCUACUCGCAAAAUUGAGAAGAAAUUAAUUGAGCCAUCCUCAAAAGAUUCAGAUCUACAGUGGGCAUUAAAAGAAGACCGAUUGGAUGAUGCUCAAUUUGUACUUUCGUCUCCCGAGCCUACAAUUUCGUCAGUUUCAAGGAAAGGAACUGCUGACAAGGCGACACAAACAAAUAUAAAUGAAAUUAACGAAUUAAAUAAUGUGUUGACUCCUUUAAAACCAGAAUCAUUCGCCGUUGCGCGAAAAUAUUUACUUGAAUUUGGGUUGAUAUUAAAGGGCAAGAAUGAACAAUCAAUCAGUAAAGUUCAGGAUCCUUCCAGUCCUAAGCAGUUGUGGAAUCAGAAAGAUGCACAGCGUGAGAUGUCCGUUGAUAAUAAUAAAAAAGGUGAAGCAUUUUUACGUUCGCGUGAAGUUUCCUCAGAUAGUACCCGAAAGCAGGGAUUACAACAAAACACAUUAAGAAAUUGGAAUGCACCAUCUGAUAAGAAUUUCUUUAACCAAGAACCUUGGCAAAAUCAGGAUAUAAAAUCUAAGUCACCAUCCUAUAAUAAUCAAAGUCGAGACAUUACUUUUACCAACAAACCUACCGAUUCCUGUGAUGCAUCCGUACUUCCCACUGAAAAUCCACUCAUCAGCGAACCUUGGUGGGACAAUGACCAGAUACGAAAUAAAGAGGCACGUGAUACUCACCGGGCGUCUUCGCCAGGAAUAAAGUCCGAUCAUGUACACCCGCAAGAACGUUCUUUUGCCAAGGAUUCCAUUUCAAAUAGAGCUCUUUCCGAGAACUCUCUUAAUAACGUGUCGUGGGAUAGAAAACAAAAUUUAAAUCCUUCAAUUUCUUCCGUACUCCCUCAAAAAUCAGAACAAUGGGACUCUAAUCCUCCAAACGAUUCAAUUGCUCGAGAACCUUCUCCCGAACAGUGGUGGAACCAACAAAAUUCAAAUGCGAAGAGUCAAGAACCACGUGGAGCACCAACAUCAAAACCGCCUAAUAAACAAGCUGUAAUGCCUGAUUCUUGGGAUUCUUCUGUACUCCCUCAAAAAACGGAACAAUGGGACUCUAAUCCUCCGAAAGAUUCAUUUACUAGAGAGCGUUCUUCUGAACCGUGGUUGAAUCAACAAAAUUCGAAGAGUCAAGAGCCACCAACAAUUACAACGCCUCCUUCAAAUAAUGUCGAAUUUCCGGUCGUCACUAAUAAACCGAUAGUAAAGCCCGAUUCCUGGGAUUCUCCUGUACUCCCUCAAACAACAAUGGUACCAUGGAACUCUAAUCUCCCCAAAGAUUCACUUGCGAGAGAACAUUCUUCUGAACCGUGGUUGGAUCAGCAAAAUUUGAAUGCGAAGAGUCAAGAAUUACUUGGAGCACCAACAAUUAGAAACUCAUCAAAACCUCCUUCAAAUGUAAAUAAUGUCGAGUCCUCAAUCGUCACUACGAAACCCGUAGUAAAUUCCGAUUCGUGGGAUUCUCCUGUGCUCCCUCUAAAAGCGGAACCAUGGGUCGCCAAUCCUCAAAAAGAUUCGAUUGCAAGAGAACGUUCAUCUGAACCGAGGUGGAAUCAACAAAAUUCCAAUGCGAAAAGUCAAGAACCACUUGGAGCAAAUUCAUCAAAGCCUCCUUCAAAUAAUGUUUAUAAUGUUGAGUCUCCGAUUGUCACUAACAAACCGAUAGUAAAGCCCGAUUCCUGGGAUUCUCCUGUACUCCCUCAAACAACAAUGGUACCAUGGAACUCUAAUCUCCCCAAAGAUUCACUUGCGAGAGAACGUUCUUCUGAACCGUGGUUUGAUCAACGAAAUUCGAAUGCGAAGAGUCAAGAAUCACUUGGAGCACCAGCAAUUACAAAUUCAUUAAAGCCUCCUUCAAAUAAUGUAGAAUCCCCAAUCGUUACUAAGAAGCCUGUAGUAAAUUCCGAUUCCUGGGAUUCUCCUGUGCUCCCUCUAAAAGCGGAACCAUGGGUCACCAAUCCUCAAAAAGAUUCGAUUGCAAGAGAACGUUCAUCUGAACCGAGGUGGAAUCAACAAAAUUCCAAUGCGAAAAGUCAAGAACCACUUGGAGCAAAUUCAUCAAAGCCUCCUUCAAAUAAUGUUUAUAAUGUUGAGUCUCCGAUUGUCACUAACAAACCGAUAGUAAAGCCCGAUUCCUGGGAUUCUCCUGUACUCCCUCAAACAACAAUGGUACCAUGGAACUCUAAUCUCCCCAAAGAUUCACUUGCGAGAGAACGUUCUUCUGAACCGUGGUUUGAUCAACGAAAUUCGAAUGCGAAGAGUCAAGAAUCACUUGGAGCACCAGCAAUUACAAAUUCAUUAAAGCCUCCUUCAAAUAAUGUAGAUUCCCCAUUCAUUACUAAGAAACCCGUAGUAAAUUCCGAUUCCUGGGAUUCUCCUGUACUCCCUCUAACAACAGAACAAUGGGACACCAAUCCCCCAAAAGAUUCGAUUGCAAGAGAACGCUCAUCUGAACUGAGGUGGAAUCAACAAAAUUCCAAUGCGAAAAGUCAAGAACCACUUAGGGCAAAUUCAAAACCUCCUUCAAAUAAUGUUUAUAAUGUUGAGUCUCGGAUUGUCACUAGUAAACCUGUAGUAAAUUCCGAUUCUUGGGAUUCUCAAAAAACGGAAUCAAGAAACCUUGCGCGAGAACGAUUUCCUGACAAACGUAUAACCUCUAGUAGUAGAGUGUCCGAGAAUUCUCUCAGUCGUGAACCACGGUGGGGUCAACAUAAUUCAAAUGCGAAGAGUCAAGUACAGCCUCAGAUUGUUUCUACUAAUAAACAAACUAAUAGACAGGAUUCCCGGGAAUCCUCAUCUAUACCCCCACCAAAUUCAGACUCAUGGAACUCGAACCCCACGGCUUCCGCAGGUACCGAUAGUUGGCUUCAACAGAAAGAAUUAAUUGAAAAGGAAUUAAGGGGGGAAAUCCCCAGAAAUAAUAUUUCAGCCACAUCGACACCUUCUAAUAAAGAAGUAUUAAAAUCAACAAGCGAGGUAUUCAGCAAUGUUGAACCUCAGGCCGCUAGAGAACCGGAACCAUGGGAAACCUCUACAUAUAAAAAAUCAGAGGAACUAGAACCUUGGGAGAUUGAUAAUCGUGAUAAUCGUAAUAAUCGUAACAAGAACAACAAACCAGAUUAUUUCGAGAAUAACAUAAAAACAGAUUAUUACGGGAAUAGCAAAAACAGAUAUGAUUAUUCCGGGAAUAGAAGUCGUUCCGUGUCUACUGAUGAAUUGAUGCGACGCGGCAUUAAUUGCUAUAAAUGCAAGAGUUACGGUCAUCGCGCAUCCGACUGUCCUGGACAAAAUGUCCAAAAUGUUGAUAAUAACUAUGGGGAAAAAAGGUCUGGUAGAGGGGGAGCUUGUUAUGAAUGCGGAUCUUCUGAACAUAUGGUUUCUAAAUGCCCACUUAAAUCACACCCAAAGCCCAGUCCAUUCACUGACCCUACACCUUCAGGUAUGUCACCUGAAAAAAUUUGGGAUAACAUUUUGAAAGCCGAAAGAGAAAAUGAACCAGAUGACUUCCGACACUGGAUAGAAGAAUUCGCAAAAGCAAUGCCCGACGAAACCUUUCAAUCGAUUGAACGUAAACUUAGAAAAUGCGAAAGCGCAGGUAGAAUUAUUGCAUUAAAGCGCGAGGAAAUUCCCUCUUACAAAUGCUUAGUGGAUCUUAAAGGCAACACGGGUAAAAAAUACGUUGCACAAAUAAUAUUAUCUACAUCAGUUCGGCUUCCGCGUACAGCCGGAACAAAAGCUAGUAGUGAAGAAGAAAAUUUCAGAUGGUUAGCGGAUGCUGGUUUUAUGGUUGACGAUCCUACUCCAUUUUGCACUAACUGUAAACAGAAAGGACAUUAUACCAGGGAUUGUAUAGAACCAAAAAAUCAAGUCGAACGCACCACUCUACCUUGCCAACAUUGCGGAUCAUUCGAGCAUAUGACAAAAUAUUGCACAAAUCGUAGCAAUAAUAGCAAUAAUAAUACAAAUCGAAACGAUGUUCGAUAUAGUAGCAACAGUUAUGACAAUAGGGAUGAUAGUCUGAUAAAUAACAAUGAAUUUGAGGAUCGUAGUAGGAGGAAUGGUUAUCGUGGUGAUAAGGAGGCGUAUCGCGAUUCAAAUGGUUAUGAACAAAUCCGUGAUACAUACAACAAUAAUUAUUCAAGAAAAAAAGACGAUGGCCAAAAUUAUAAUAAUUAUUCAAGAAAAAACGAUGAAAGUUAUAAUUAUACAAGAAAAAAAGACGAUGGUCAGAAUUAUAAUAAUUAUUCAAGAAAAAAUGAUGAAAGUUAUAAUUAUACAAGAAAAAAUGAUGAUGGCCGUGGUUCUUACAAUAACUUUGAUACAAAUUGGGAACACCCUCGAGGUGAAUAUCAACGUAAUAAGGAACCUUAUUCAUCAAGGAACGAAAAAGAAAGGAGAUACGACACUCAAGAUAAUGGCCGUCGGUAUAAUGAAACAGCCAAUGAAAAUGUAUGGAAUAAUUCUGUUGAGGAAUCACGUGGUCGAAGCACUCAAACAAAAGAAGUCUCGUCGUCGUCUCGACCAAAUCUCGAUAAUUGA